AUGGCGACCGCUACUCUGACAUCGUCUAGCGCCGUUCCGGAACUCAGCAAUUCCAAGUCCUCCAAGUCUUCAUCCUUCCAUUCUUCUUCGCACGAUGCGGACCCCAAUGUCAAUUUCACGGAUACCUCCAACUUCGAAGAUAUCGGUCUCGGAGAUGACUCUGAAAUGCAUGCCUACCCAGCAAAACUCCCAUACCCUCACUCUCGUUCCCGAGCUGGCUCUCUAGCUUCCAGUCAGAAUCGUGUGAUAUCGAAUGUCACUAGUAUGAGCAACAUGAAUCCGGCAAAUCCGCCAUCAAAACCGGGUAGGGAAUUAACCUCUGGUCAAAGGAGACAAAUCACUCCACCAUCAUCGAGAGCGCUUCAGGGCUUGCAGGGACAACCCCUGAGAGGAUCGUUGGAUCCGAGAAUGAUGAAAAGCGGCCGACGAUUGUCAAAGCAUGGAAGCGCAUCUACUCCAUCUUUACCGCACCGCCGACCUCGGUCCCGCUCAGUGUCUCCGUCUUUUGCGUCUCCUUCGAACUCGGGAGUUCCGUUACCUUCGCCAUCUGCUUCUAGCCAGAGCUUGUCGCCAUUGGCUCCUCGAAAUCCUUCAUCUCGACGGGGCUCGCUACAGCGCAAAACAGUCAAGGAACUUGAGGCUGAAUAUCAUGACUCCGAUGAUGACUUGCCGGAUGAUGCCAGCCUGUUCAACGUACCAUUGUCUCCGCGACCGCCCCAAGAACGUCCAGGUUCACGCAGCACCAGCCCCGAUCAAGUUACCAGCCCGAAGCCUUUACCUUUAUCCCACGCAGUUUCAGAAGAGCAUGUAGCGCCUCUGCCUAAAUCACGGAACUCCUCUCGACACUCGCCCAGCGGAAAGUCAGGGCUCAAGGUCCCUCGGUCUGCGUCCGCGGGUCCCGAACGAGGUCAGAUCUCCCCGCGCGAUCCACGAACAUAUUCGUACAACCUCGCCAUGGCCGAACUGUCAGAGGAGGCCAAGGUAUUGACGCAAACACUGGAAUACCACGCCGACGAUGUCGAUCGUAAACGCGAAGAACGAGUUCAGAGCGGUCUGUCAUCGGAACGCUCAAGUGUCGAGUCUAAGCGGCUCUCUGGCGGAAUACAGGGUUUACCGCCGGUGCAGAAAUCCAACGUAAUGAUUGAUCCAUUACCUGCCAGCAAGGAGAAGGAAAAGGUUCUUAGUCGCACGCGCCCUAGUUGGCUGCCGCCAAAAGACCCGUUGGAGGAGAAGAAGCAUUUGAAGGAGUAUAAGAAGAUGAUGAAUUUGGCCAAGGAAGCAGAGAAGAAGAAGGCCGCCAAAGCCGCUGCCGCGCAGUGUGAAAAGGACAAUACCCGGGAGACGCUACAACGGAUAUGGGAAGAUCAUGUCCUCCCUAACUGGAACCAAGCUAUUGCAGAGCCUCGAAUAAGAGAACUGUGGUGGCGAGGCGUAACACCCCGGUGCCGUGGAGCUGUGUGGCAACGGGCCAUCAACAACGAAUUAUCAUUGACACCCGAAUCGUACCAAAAAGCACUUUUGCGGGCCAAGGAUGUCAAAGCUCGAGGAGAUGAAGAUUCUGGUGAUAGUAGUCGAAGGAUACGAGAAUGGUUUGCAACCAUUUCUCGAGAUGUCUCCUCCGCAUUUCCCGAACUUCAUCUCUUCCAAGAGGGUGGACCUCUACGGGACACCUUAAUUGAUGUGCUGGAGGCAUAUGCUAUGUAUCGCAGUGAUGUUGGAUACACAUACGGUCUUCACACUAUCGCUGCUCUGCUUGUCCUUCAACUUCCUACCGCUGCUUCCGCAUUUAUUACCAUGGCCAAUGCUCUCAACCGCCCACUUCCUCUUGCAUUUUUGACAUAUGACCGUCCCGCGAUAGCUCGAACAUACGGUCUUGCUUCGGCCACAUUACGAUAUAAAUUCCCACGCCUUUAUAGCCAUCUCUACGAAACAGCGCAGCUUACUGAUGAAGAAGUCUGGGGCCCAAUGUUUCGAUCUUUAUUCACCAACGGCCUCGAUUUAGAGCAUCUAAGUCGUGUAUGGGACUGCUGGGCUUUUGAAGGUGACCGUAUCAUAAUCCGAGUCGGUGUCGCCAUCUUAGGCUGUCUACAGACGCAAUUGCUCGGCCUUUCAGGAACGGAACCCAAAUCUCGCGAGGAACUAAAACACGUCGUGGGCUGGGGACCGCAUGACUUGGGCACGCUCAUACGAGACACCAAGACUCGCCAUAGCUCCCCGACACCGAUCAUGGGAUAUGGAGGCGGUCAAUUUGCCAACGCCGGCGUUGGACAAUACUGGAUUCUGAGUCUUGCGGGUGACAAGGAUAGUUUUAUGAAUGAAGUACGAGAGGCUGGCAAAGUACAGUCUUGA